UGAGUCCCGGAAGUCGGAGAUGGUCAGAAAGUUAUUUUUAUCUGUUGAUAUGGUCUCGUAGUGGACAGCAAGCCUUAUCUAAGCUAGUGCCCCUGUAAGUAUCGUGUAUGUGGGUCACUGAUUUGUAUCUACUCUGACAUUUGACAACGCAAAGCUCUUGUAUUCAGCGUGCUAGCAAAGGCCAUCUGAUAGAUAUUUUUGGAUAUUUUAUACUGUAUCUUUAAUUGAACCGGACAUGGAUUUCCUUCCGGAAUAUGUUCCUAUUGACAUUGAUGCAAUAUCCGGUAUUCCGACCCUCCAUUUGUCUUAUAUUAUGGAGAUUCUUAUCCCAAGACGUUAUGUCGGUAAAGAAAGAAUUCGGGACCAAAUAGACAAAGUAUUUAACGGAAUGAAUGCAAUACAGCUUGAUGAUCUGAAAGUAAUCCCCAUUGGAAGCAAAGCGGAAGGAUACAACAUUCCGGACGCCGUACUUGCCACUAGAGGGAGUAUCGAGUUUAUGUCAGAUGUUGAUGUCAUUCUAACAAAUGAAAAAAUCAUGGUUUGUGGUGACAAAACAAAGAUGACCGAUGAAAAAUAUAUGAUGUAUCUGGAUACAGAAAACGUUCAUCCAGGAUACUGUAGGGUUAAACUAAUAAAGAAACCCAAAAUGGAUCAUUUUGCCGUGGUGCAUGAAGUUGAAACUAACUCUUACUUCAUGAGUGGAACGAAGUACCAAGAAGAGUUUCUAAAUCAGAUUCCGAUGGAUUCAGAAGCUGAAAGGGAAAUGUAUGAAUUACAUGGACCAGCUCUCCAAUAUCAAGAUACAAAACCUUUCACGUAUGACAGACGUCAUCAGAAAAUGAUCAACCCUUACGACCAUAUACAUGGAUUUCACUGUGAUGACUGGCCAAGUGUUGCGGACGAGUGGUUAAGACGGCAACGCACCAAUGAUUGGAUGAGUUGUGAACUCAUUGAAACAAUCGUUUCCAAGGGUUGCUAUGCUGUUCCGGUGCCUCACAAAUUGAGCAAAACCCCCGAGGUCGAAUGGCGGAUUUCAUUUGCUGAAGUUGAGCAGAUGAUCGCGAAAUGUGCAGUCACCAAUGCACAAAGACAGUGUUUCAUUUUUCUUAAGCUCUUGAGACAUCAAAUUCAGGAGGAAAGUUCACAGAAGUUUUUAUCCUCCUACUGUCUAAAGAAUGUCUUUCUUUACUGCUGCGAAAAACUCCCUGUCAGUGCUUGGAAUGAAAAUCCAGGGUCCUGUAUUAUGUAUUUGCUUGACUGUGUAGCAGUUUGCUUACAACUGGGUGUCUUGCCCAACUAUUUCAUUCCAGAAAACAAUCUUCUUGACCUUUUCACCGAGGAGGACAUUAACAAGUCUGUGCUUUUACUGGAAAUGAUAAGAGAAGACUUGUUAUCACCCGUGUUAAAGUUUACUGACGACCACGUCAUGGUAUUUGAACGGAACGGAUGCUUGACCACAAGAGUGAUUUUUAGGUCCGUAAUAGCGUCUGUGUUAGAAGAUAUUCCUUCUUACACCGAAAAUAGGAAUAUAGUAGCGUCUUUGACUGGUCCUUUCAUGAGAACACAAUGCGAUAUAGCUUUGAUCAGACUGAAAGAAAAUUGUAGUCCUUUUCAAUAUCAUCAAGCCUUCUUCGAUUUUUUCUUAAGGUCACAUUUGCCAGCUAUUUAUAUCAUUGACCUACUUAAUCUCAUUGGAUUGAAUUUAGGCGAUACUGAACUUACCCAGAAAUAUUUCGAAUCUCUCCUACAACUACAAAGCGUUUAUCCAGAUGUUGUGAAACUGAAAGGAAACUUGGCGUGCAUGUAUUUUGUUGGAUCUCAGUUAGAUAGCUACCAUACAAACGAACAACUUUCUAGAGCCGAACAACUUUUCAAAGAGGUUCUUGCUUCAGAGGGCGUACAUUUCGCAACAACCAUUGAUUUUGCAAAUUACUUGUGCCAUGUACAAAAAUGGAGGGAAGCGACACUUCUUCUGGAGCAGUUUGUCCAUUUGGAGGAGAAAUCUAACCACCUUAGUAACUGUUACAAUACAAAUGAAAAUGUAACUCUUGACCAAAUGUUACAAAGGGAGUUUUCUCAUACAAAGAUGCUUCACAUAUCCUCGUUAACUUUGGCAUAUUAUUAUCUGAUAAAAUGUUACACCAACUUGAAUCUGCCAUUUUUGGCUAUCCUUACGAAGUUUGCAGAAAACUGUUUCGUUACUCAAGUUGGAAUUGACUUUCAGUUACUCGGAUACUGCUAUGUGAAUUGUGAAGAAUACAACAAGGCAUUUGAUUCUUUUGUGAAAGUUUUAGAAUUGGAUCCAAGUAAUGAUGUUGCUGCUGCAAAUGUUUCUGUUUGUCAACAAAAUAUUAUACCUGAAAAAAGUCAAAACCACAUCAGACUAAAGAAGAUGUUGUCAAAAGGAUUUCUUGUUGCCAUAAAAGUCAUAGAAAUGAUUGUGCGAAAACAUUUGAUAUAAAGUUACAACAAAUUCAACAUUUUGUUAUUCAUAAUAUAGACGCAAACUGUUGAAAAUAUCAGAGGUGGGAUCAAGUGCUGUGAAGGUAUAAUCAUUCCCUAUUAAAGUCACAC